AUGGAGACGGAAUGUAAGACUUUGUGGAUGGGUGAUAUUCAGAUGCAUUGGGAUGAAACCUUUAUUGUCUCGCUCUUUGCUUCGGCCGCUGAGCAGCCAAUCGUUAAGUUGAUCCGAGAUAAGGUAACAGGCUAUCCAGCAGGUUACGGAUUUUUAGAAUUUCCGACACAGCGAGGAGCUCAGCAAGUACUGGAGACGUUCAACGGCCAACUUAUCCCAAACACGUUGCAUCGGUUUCGAAUGAAUUGGGGCGCUGGUGGCCGCCGCAUUGAGACAUCAGACGAUCACUCCAUUUUUGUAGGAGAUUUAGCACCGGAUGUGGCGGAUGAGCUGCUUUUAAGCACUUUUAGUGCUCGUUUUACCACUGUGCGAGGUGCCAAGGUGGUCAUGGAUCCUAUAACGCGUAUGUCAAAGGGAUUUGGUUUCGUGCGCUUUGGUAGCAAAGAGGAAGCUGAUCAAGCACUCCAGACAAUGAACGGUGUGUUUUGCUCUUCCCGUCCCAUGCGCGUUAGUGUAGCUACUGAGAGGAACAAGGCUCGACAACAACUUGGUUUUAGCAUGAGUGAGGAGGAUGGAGCCAAUACGACGGUUUUUGUGGGUGGACUAGACCCUGGAACUUCAGAGGAGGAACUUCGCACACGGUUUGGGGCGCUUGGAGAAAUUGUGUCUGUUAAAGUUCCACCUGGACGUGGUUGCGGCUUUGUGCAGUAUACAACAAAGGAAGCGGCAGAGGCUGCAAUUUCGCAAAUGAAUGGCUCAGUUGUUGGUGGCGUGAAAGUUCGAUGUGCUUGGGGCCGAUCUGCAGCAGCACGUGUCGCUAAUUAUGGCAGUUAUUACCCUCAACAGUAUGGACAGUACCAGGCCGGAUACCAGAAUUACUAUGGGUAUAAUGCUGCAUACGCUUAUCCUCAGUACCAGCAGGGUACAUAUGGCUACGCUGCCUAUGGACAGUAUGCCCAGCAAGGGACCCAGUCUCAGGGCGGGUACCAACACCAGCAGGUGCAGCCAGUCGGAAGUCAGUUGCCACAGACCGCCAACUAUGGCCUCCCCCAGCGUCAACAAGAUCAACAGCCCGACUUUACGCGACCUGAUGACAUUGAAGCCAUGAACCGCCGCUUUGCCUCCCAACGUGCGUACCAGAAUAUGCCUCCGGCUCCUAAUGCAGCGUACACUCCGAUGGCAGCAGAUGUCGCAAAUGGAACUGCAAUGGCUGGCUCGAUUUAA